GGAGGACUUCCACUGCUGCAUCGGGGGACUAGCGCCGCGCUUUAACGAUCUGGUUCCACUUGGUGAAUAUAGCGGCCACGCCCACGCUCCUCAGCCAGCCAGCAUGCGGACAGCAAUCUCUUGCGGUUCUUUGAAGGUAGAAUGCAGCGGCGUGGGGCACUGCCCCCCCCAUUCUAGACUACAAGCCUGUCAGCUGGCCAGGCACUGCCCUGUGACGCACCGUAGCGCCAGUACCCCCGCGGCUCCCGCGGCUGCAGCCUGCUUCGGCACCGCCAAGGCGCUGCCACGCCGGCGUCGGCGCCAGCUGGGCCGCGGCCUGGUGGUGCGUGCCGAGCGCGACUUCUACCAGAUCCUGGGCGUGGCGCGGGACUCAGACAAGAAGACGAUCAAGAGCGCCUACCGCCAGCUGGCGCGCAAGUUCCACCCGGAUGUGAACAAGGAGUCGGAUGCGGAGCAGCGGUUCAAGGACAUCUCGGCUGCCUACGAGGUGCUGUCGGAUGACGAGAAGCGCGGCAUCUAUGACCGCUUCGGCGAGGCGGGGCUCAAGGGCGGGUUUGCGGGGGCCGGCACUGGCGGCAUGGGCGGCAUGCAGGGGGACUUCAGCAAUCCAUUUGACAUCUUUGAGACCUUCUUCGGCGGCGGCAUGGGCGGCAUGGGCGGCUUUGGCGGCAUGGGCGGCGGCGGGGCGCGGUCACGCAACCGGCCGGUCGCGGGCGACGACCAGCGGUAUGACUUGCGGCUGGACUUCACAGAGGCUGUCUUCGGCUGCAACAAGGAGAUUGAGGUCAGCCGGCUGGAGGACUGCUCAACGUGCGGCGGCACCGGCGUGAAGGCUGGCACCACGGCCAGCACCUGCAGCACGUGCAAGGGCGCGGGGCAGGUGGUGCAGGCGGUGCGCACGCCGCUGGGCAUGUUCCAGCAAGUGGCCACCUGCCCAACCUGCGGCGGCACCGGCGAGCAGUUUACACCAUGCGGCACGUGCCAGGGCGACGGGCGCGUGCGUGGCAGCAAGCGCAUCUCGCUGCGCGUGCCGCAAGGCGUGGACGAGGGCAGCAGGCUGCGUGUGCGGGGCGAGGGCGAUGCGGGGCGGCGCAACGGCGAGCCGGGAGACCUGUACGUGUUCAUCGGCGUGAAGCCGCACCCGCAGCUGCGCCGCGAGGGCGUCACCAUCCACUCUGACGUGGAGAUCUCGUAUGUGGAUGCCAUCCUGGGCACCACCGUCAAGGUUGCCACCCUGGGCGAAAGGGAGCUGUCGGAGGUGGACCUCAAAAUCCCGCCAGGCAAGCCGCCAGGGCGGGCAGCGCGCACGCAGCCCGGCACCACGCUGGUCAUGUCCAAGCGUGGCGUGCCCAAGCUAGGCACCCAGAACGCAAGAGGCGACCACUUGGUGCAUGUCAAGGUCAAGAUCCCCAAGAGCAUAGGCAGCGAGGAGCGCAACCUCAUGGAGCAGCUGCGCGAGCUGCAGGCGGCCAAGCCAGCAGCAAAAGCUGGGUGGUUCUGAGACGGUUUAAUUUUCUUGGCGGUUGCCUGUAACAAUCAGACGUGC